CCCAGGUUGUCCCAAGCGCACCUCCUCCGUUCUCUUGGAGGUGAGGUCGGCUCAGAGUCUUGGGAUCUUCAGAAGCCCGAACAGGCCGCCGCCUAGGCUCCCACCCCGUAGCCUGCUGUCCUGCCGCGGACCGCCGGCCCCACCGGGAAAGAGGGCCCUUGCCCACCUGCCGCGCCCCGCGCCGCCCGGCCAUGGCCGACAGCGGCGGCACGGGCAGCUCCGGGUCCUGGUGGAAAUCGCUAACCAACAGCAGAAAGAAAAGCAAGGAAGCCGCGGUAGGGGCGCAGCCUCCCGCCCAGCCUGCCCCCGGGGAGCCCGCGCCGCCCGCGCCACCCAGCGCCGACUGGACUGGCAGCUCCCGGGAGAAUCAGCACCCCAGUCUCCUUGGGGGCGCCGGCGAGCCCCACAAGCUGGACAAGUUGUGCGGGGAGAAGUCAGGCAGCAGCCGCCGCAAUUUGAAGAUCUCGCGCUCCGGCCGCUUUAAGGAGAAGAGGAAAGUGCGCGCCACUCUGCUCCCCGAAGGAGUCAGGUCCCCUGAGGAGGCGGGCUUCCCUGGUGACCCCCACGACGACAAGCAAUAGCCACAGCGCGGCGGGACUGUCUUUCUCCCCACCACUCCUCCCUACCCUAGCCCCCGAGAAUUGCGGCCCGCCCCAGUACCUGGUUCUAAUCCCACCAACUUCUGAGUAUUCACAAAGGCCUCCACGAUUUUAAUUUCCUGGAAAUUGAAGUGUCGGUUAAGUUUUCAGUAUUUCAUGGCUCGAGGAGGCACUGAAUAUGUACUUGUGGUAAGCGAAGAUACCUGCCACAGAGGAAGUUGGCAUAAUCCUUUUUUUCCCCCAAGAGUGGCCCCUUGUGCCACCUGGGGAGUGAGAAGGGUACUUCUCUGAGUGGGUCACUCACCUGGAACUG